ACGUUUUGACAGAAGCAUUACUGCGCAUAUUCAGAAAUUAUUUCAUAUACGCGCAUGCUCGCUACACUUGCUGUAUUGGCGUAGAAGUUGUUGAUGUUCGAUGUCGGAAAUAAGCAAAAAUUACGAUAUGCGUUAAAAUAUCCGGUCGAAAUUAUUCGAAAUCGAUCCUUCGAGUAAUUUUUACAAUUAAAUAUCGCAAUUUUUGUAAAUUAUAAAGUAAUUAAGCCGUAUAAAAACUAAGCCUAACAAACAUGGAUCUGUUAUCGGGAUUCUGGAAAGUCGGAGCCAAGGCUAAAACCAUGCUUAAUUUAGAAGGUAAACAGGAAGAAAAUAACGAGAAACAGAGCGUAGAAGAUGCAACGGGACCCGCAACGGUGUCGGAAGAAGAGAUAAAACCUAAAAUUGAUAGCGAGAAGGAAUCUGAAGAGCAGACUACUGCGGUUGCUGGUAGCUCUCCCGAGAGCGAAGGACCAGAUUCGAUUCGAAGCUCUCCAGCAACGUCGCCAGAAGCUGCCAAUAAGUCUCCGCAGAUCGGAGAAGCUACAGAACAAUCUGCAGAAGCACCCGCUGCAAACGUCGACCUGAAAGAUGUCUCUCACAAAGCUGUUGAAUCUGCUAAAUCCAUAGGAAGUUUCUUAUUUGCUGUUGCUAAUAAAGCUGGGCGAACAGUUUCGGAGACAGCUAAGCAUUUAAAGCACACUGUCGAGGAAAAUAGUAUAUUAGCUGAUUUCAACAAAGAACAAGAGGCAUUUGUUAGUAGUAAACAAGGUAAUCAUAAGGAAGUUGGUGUGGCACCUUGGAUUGGAUGUAUAGAGGAAGAAACAGUAAAACAACAGAUACUGUCCAUUUCUAUGGAUAAAAGGAAUUUUCUCCGUAGUCCACCUGCUGGAGUACAAUUUCCGUUUAAUUUCGAUGAAAUGCAUCCAGUUGCCACCACAAUGUUACAAGAAGAUCCGCAAUUAGAAAAAAUGAGAUUUGAAGUAGUUCCUAAGCUGUUAUUUAAUGUAGUUGAAAAGCGACAAUCUACACAAGAUGAUGACGAAGAUAUUCCCGAUAGUCCUAGUCACGAAUUUGUAAGUGAUGCUUAUCAAGGCGGUGAAAUUUCAGCCGAAGAUUUACAACAAGAAAUGAAACAGUUAGGUGUAUCGGGAGGAAAAGCUGUUCAAGAUGAAGAAUGGGAGAAAGAAUUACAACAAGAAUUACAAGACUUUGAAAUGGUAGCUGGUGAAGGUAAUACAGAUGAUGUCGAAUGGGAAAGUGAAAUAAAAGAGAUAUUAGAAGAGGAUGCAACUAAAAAUGUAGCAUAAAAUUUAUUGUUUUUCCCCCCUGUAACUGAUAUAUGCCUAUUUUUAAAUUGUUAUCAAACUAUAUAGAAGAAAGUUAUAUUUAAAUGAAUUAUUGCUUGUAUUAUAUAAACAUACGAUAAUUUUACUUCCAUAUCGAAACCAUUCGACUACAUUUCUUGUGUCGGAUCCGUUCUUAAUUUAGAUUUAUUGCCAGUUUUCAUUAUUUACGUAAUUAUUUUUUUUAAAUUAUAAUAAAUCUCCUGCAUUAGAAAAAUAAACUUAUUUAAGAACAACCUCUUAACAUUCCAGUACAAAUUAAGUUUUUAAAAUUAUUAUAAUUAUUGUAUUUGAUGGAUUUAUAAUGGUAGCUGUUUGGUGUUAAUGGACAGAGCACACAUUUGAGUUUUUUGAUAUUAUAUAUAUAUAAAGCAUUUUUCAUGAUACAUAUUGUGAAGUAGAAAUAAAAUUAUACUAAGAUUAUGCCCAUAUAUAUCCUGAUGAAUAGUUUCAAAAUUAUAAAUUUGUAAUUAUUUAUUUUUAUUUUGUUCAGUUCUCUUGAAAAAUAUAUAUAUAUAAAUUUAAAAAAAUCAAAACUGUAGCCAAAGAAAGAAGAAAACUCAAAAAUAAUAUAUAUAUUUGAGUAGUUAAAAUUAUAUUAAAUCUCUCUAAAAGUCUCUUGAAUGUUGUUUGUGUGUAUAGAACAGUUUAUAUUUUUCCUUAUGAUUUUAAGUACCAUAAUGCGAUAGAAGAUGACGAUGCUUUGUCUCUGUGUCAAUUCAUAGUUUGUAUUUUAAUUCUGCCGUAAUCGAAGGUCUGUUACCGAUACUGUAUUCUUGUAGAAAACAAAAAUUCAUAAUUUACAAGCAUUUAUUUUUAAAAGAUAAUUUACCAAGAAAGUUGAUUACGACGAUGAUUUUGGUUAAGAAAAGAAAAACCAGAAGAUAAAAAUUAGACAAAAUGGUGCAAGAUGGAAAAGAAUACAAAGCAAUAUAAGUCUGUAUAUUUUUUAUAUUGCUUGCAUGAUAACAUUUGGAUAUACUUACACACUUUUUAAAAACAUUUUUGAUAAAUUAUGUGCAUUAUUUAAAUUAUUCAUAAAGUAUUCCUAUUUCCAACGUUGUCUUUUCUCCAUGUAAUAUAAGUUUGUGCACAAUAUUAUUAUUAUAUUAUAAUAAUUUCCUUGAAAAUGAUUACAGAAUAAAAGUAGAAUUUUGAGUCAAAUUAGUCACCAAUUGAAUGAAUGUAACAACAUACACUUUUUAGAAGUCCACAAAGUUUUAGCAUUUUUGAUCUGAAUGAUUCAACUUUCUCAAAUGAUGUUUCUUUAUCUUCCUGCUUCCUUUGUUGGGAAGGAUGAGUAUUGCGAACGAAUCUCUUAAGAUCUUAAGAAGAGAUGUCGAUCGAUCCAUAUUGAGAGAUGAUCUUUUCAGUUGAAAGUUGGUUCCUUCGGUUGAGAAAAUGCUUAGAGUAUAAAGGGCUAUUUUAAACUAUUUUGGCAAGUCUUUAAACAUAAUAGGUGCAUCUGCAUUUACAAAUUAAUCUAUUAUUAAGUUCUGGGUUAAAAUACGUUUAAGUCAUAGCUCAUAUGUCGGCACAAAUUUGAUUUUAACAGUUAAACUGGGAAGUCAAAUGCCAUCAUUAGUUUUAUUUUUGAAUCACAUUGUUUCUAAAUCUGAUAUUUUCAUAUUAUACAUGUAAUAUUUAUAUUAGUAUGCUUGAUAAUUUUAUCUAUUUUCAGAUAAAUUAUUGUAAGAUCGAUUUACUUACAUUUAUAAGAUAGAGUAUUUUGAAAGAAUAAAAUGGAAUAUCAGUUUUGAUACAGGAAAAUUUUAUGAAAUUAUCAAACAUAUCAAGAAUAAGAGAAUUCACUGUAAUUUAACUAAUAAUCUAAUUAUUAUUUAAAACAGAAAUGUGGAUAAAUACCUAAAAAGAGUUAGAUAAAAUCUUACGAUACAGGAUUUCCAAAAAAGUUACUGUGCAGUGAGAAAUUUGUAAUGACAUUAGAGUUAUUCAUAGACGUUGCCUAUGAGACCCGUAACUGAUACGUCCCACAUUUCCACUUUGCAUUAGAAAGCUUUACUACUGGCUCAUGGACAUUCCAGUUUUUGGAUUACAAUUUUUGGAAGACUCCUUUGCCAGUCACACAAUCUUCUAUGGAAUCUGACCUGCUAUAUCUCUCCAGACCUCUCUCCUUCAGAUUUUGGGUCCUCUGGGGACAUUUCUGGCAUUUGCUGUAGGAGAAACUGCAUUUAUCAUAUCUGCAUUGUAAAAUUUUUCACUGCACAGUUACUUUUUGGAUACCCUUUAUCAUAAGAUAGUCUAAUUUUACAUAAAUAUUGAAUUAACAGGCAAAUGUGGUUAUAAUUGUGAUCAUUUAUUGAUGAGGAUUGUGCAAAUACUUGAUUUUUUUUAGUGCCUCUAAUGCUUUGUUUAACAAAACAAGUGUAGCAGCAUAUGAUAUUCGAUUGAGAAAAUUUGAACUUUGUAUUUUGUGUACACAAACAUAAGUAUUUUAAAUAUGUACAGUACAUUAAUGUCAAUAUUAGUCUUCCAGGUAUGAUACAGGCCAUUUUGAGCCUUCUAUUAAGGAUUUUUUUAAUAUUUAAACAGAUCCACUAAAAUCUUGAUAUUAAACACAAAUUCUUCUUAGCAUUUAAAAGAUAUUAAUGUGAUUUCUAAUGUAUCUUCCAUUAAAAUCAAAGUAUUUGCUGUGAUUAUAAUGUGAUUAAGAUUAAAGGAGUAAGUUUAAUAUUGUGGAAGCAUUUAAAUUUUUGUUUACCCAAUGUUUGUGAACUUAUGAAACAGGAACUGUCAUGAAAAAAGCAUAUAUACUUUGAAAUAAAUUCUAAAAUAUGAGACUGAAAAAUAUUUUCUACAAAAUAUAAAGUAUAAGAGAAAUGUGACAACUGAAUAAACAUACAAUUUGGAAUACUCUCAUUAAAAACACAAAAAUAUUUUAUACAUAAAGUGAUUCCUGAGCUAAAAAUCAAACCAGAAAGCGAAUCUAUUUAUUUAGUUUAAUAAUUGUGAUCACAGUAUAUAUUCGAGUACAGGUUGGCUCAUCUGUUAGCUCUCUGACAAGUUUUAGGGUACAAAACGUGAAAGUAUUUUUUAGCAAUCGUUUUUAAUGCUGUUUUCUUAUUUUAAUGUGAAGAGGUUCUCGUCUUUUAGUCUUACUUAAAUGCAAGAUUGAUUCCGGUUACGUUAAAUUUGGAAUGGAUUUGUGUGUCGAUUGGUACAGCAAAUCUGCUACAGUCAAUCUCGCCCAACCAUUAUACUGUAGCAAUUGCUCGGUCUACAAUUUCCCACUGUUCGAAUGACAUUUCCAUUACGAUCUAUGAAUUUCUAUAUUGUUUGAUAAUCUUGGUGUAGUAUUAUUUAGUUCCGACUAUAUUCUUUUGAAUAGGACUGCAAUUUAGAUCAUUGAAUCAAUUGGAAAUAAGAGUUUGACUUCGGAUGAAUUCUUCUACCAGUUAUGUUGAAGAAGCUUGGUUCUACUGUAUUAUAAAAAUAUCUUUAAAAAUAUAUCUGGAAUUAAGCUAAAAAUUACAAAAGAAUAAAUGCAUUUUUAAUAACUGAAAUUGGUAUUCUGUUAAGAGGAUGGAAAACUCGCAAAAAGUUUAACUAAUUCUUUGUCAUUAAGUGCAAAUGGUUAUUAAAUAUAUAUUGCUGCAUCUUGAUUUCAUUUUGAAUUUAUAGAAAUUUCAAGAGCUUUAAAUCUAUUUUUAGAUAGAAAAAGCACUUUUUUGUAUGAUAAUUAUAAAAUUUGUCCAGAAUUUUUUGAUGUAGUUCAGAUUUCUUUCGGCCAAUGGUAAACUUUUUUGCAUUUUUUAGUAACACUUACACACAGAAAAUUUCACAAAAAGAUGCAAGAGUUAAUCGUCGGCCAAAAGAUGCAAGAAGGACAAUCAAAAUUAAAGAUUUAAUGUUACGCAGAGUGAUUUACCGUAAAAUGUAGUUUGAACUUUGUAUACUAUUCCACCUUAGCACCAAAAUUGAUCAUUACACUUUAAAAUUUGUAUUUCUUAACUUAAAAAAACAACAUCUUAAAUACUUUUUCAGCAGGACUUUAUUUAAGGUGUUAUUUUUUAAGCUAAAGUAGUUUCAGCUUACAAAUUAAAAAAAACUCUUUGUAUUUCUUUUUGUAAAUUAAAUGACAAAUAUUUAUAAACUGAUUUUUGAUUAUUAACAGAAAUAAAUUAAUUUUUUUAAUUAUAGGUUUGAGUUGGUUUUUUUUUUAUUGGAAAGCGACGUUUCUGUAAAUGUCAUGUAAAUAACAUGCAUCACUUUUGUAUCAUUUUGUCAUCACAGAUUUCUGAAUUUUAAGCUUUUUAGUUAGAAAAGAAGAAACCAAAAAUGUUUGUAUUUGUGAGAAAUGAAGUUGCCAGAAGUUUAACUCUCUCUGCCCUGUGGGCACAAAGAGGGUGUUUUUAUCAAGCCCAUUAUGGGUCAGUUGGACCUACAAUGGGGCAUCCUGGUGAUAAGGGAUGGGGCCAGCUUAUCCAGACAGACACCGUCCAAAAAUUUCCUGGGAUUUUUGGACUCCAGAGUGGUAGAAUACAACCUUAACCACUCAGCCAUCCAGCUGUCAGUGUCGGAAGUUGCGUUACAAGUAUAAGUUUACUCUAAGAUAAAGUUCCAGCUUCUGUAAUGAUUUUACAAAAAUAUAGACUCUACUAUUCCUUUUCACAGUUAACAGGGAUUGGCUUUUCUGAUUGUUCUCUUCCAGCAUUUUCUAUCCUUUACUAUAUCAGAUGUCAUAUUAUACUGUCCCAUAUUUUUUUUAAUAUGUUACAUCCAUUUCUAUUUUAGUCUUCUCCCUUAUAACCCAUGUACUUUAGUCUUUGUCAUUCUGUAUAAUUCUUGCCAUGUGUUCAAACCUUCUAAACUUCUGUUCCUCAAACUGUUUUGUUAUUUGUACUGCCUUCACACCUUUCCUGACUACAGGCCCACAACUAAAGGGGGCCAUGGGUGGUCUCUCUAGAAAAUUUUGUGCUAUCUUUAUCCAUUAUUUUAAAUGAUGAAAUUUGGUUUAUAUAUUUAUCAAAAAACUAUAAAUAAAAAAUUUUUAGUGUUUAAACUUCAAAUAUUUUUAUACCAUUUGGUACAUACAUUUUUUAAUAAUAAUAUAUUGCAUUUACGAUAUAUUCCAGGAAAGGGUCUUGGACCCUCUUCUCUGGGGUAGGCAACCACAAAACUUCUAAGGCCAUUUCACAGUUUGCUAAGCCAUCCCUACUGUAGUCAUUCUAGCUACACCCUCAUCUGACUAAAUCAGUUUUUAUUUUUUCUAGUCACUUCACACAUCCACCAGAGCACUAAUUCACAGAGCACAUUCACCUUCACACACUAAUUUUGACCUCUUUUCCGUUCAACACCACCCAAAUGCCACAAAUGAUGGGACUUGCAUUCUAAACAAAGCUUUUAACACUUAUUUGAUAAGAAAAAAGAACCAGCCCACAAUCAAAAUAAUUGUUUUCAUCAUGGGUGGUUUGGCUUCAGACCCCAUUAUGUCUGAACUAAUUUGCACCAUUGUAGUUUUGCCAUCACUUGUAAUGUGAAAUCAUAUUGUAGAUCUUUCUUUGGUAACUUUAUUAUGCUAUAUUAAAAAAUUACACAUACAUACAUAAGUUAACUGUAUACAUAUGUUACAUUAUUUUCAUAGGUAUUUAAAACUGAUCUCUACACUUAAAACACCUCUACUUCUACAAAGAAUUCAAAUCUUGCAACUCAUAUGGUUCAAGUUAGAAAUUUGUUUCAUUAUACUUAGCCUUGCUGACUUUUUUUGAAAAAUAAUUUUCAUGUUUUUAAUGACUAGUUACAUAAGUACUGUACAAGCACAAAAACAUAUAAAGUGAUGCAUGUUAUUUUGUUUGAAGUACUUAAAGUAUUUCUUUGUCAUAAAAAUCAUUUAUGCAAUUGUAGAGCGAAGAGGAAACAAGCGAGUCAAAUAUAAUUCAUUUUAUUAAAUUAAAUAAGAUGUUAAGAAACUCUGAUUAGUUACAUAGAAAAAGGUAUUAACUUUAUGUGUAUUAGCUUGAACCACAAUGUAUAAGAGAUCGAAUAAAUUUUUGUUUUGUUUCUUUAUUAAAAAGUCAAAUUUUUUAGCAAAAGAACCAAUUAUGUAGACAUGCUUUUGUGUCUUGAUUUAUUCCUCAUCUGCUCUGUUUUUCUAACUUUUAUCUUCUGAAUUUUUCAAGAGUUUAUUAUUUACGCCAUGCCCAUUCUCUCUGCAAUUAAAUUGCAAUAUAGAAUUUCACACUAAAAAGUCUGUUAUAUAUGACAAAUACUUGAUUUCAUAUAAUUCAAUUCUUUUUGCAUUUAAAGUGUCGUAAACAUUCCUAUGAAAAUUAUGUAAAUUUUUAAAAUCUCAAUAAAAGGAAUUUAUAGAGAUUGUAUAUUUGACAUACCUGCAGAAAUCUAAUGUCAAACUCGAAAACAAAAUUUUCCUUCUUUUAUUUAUCUUAUAGAAUAUCGUUGAACUGAUGUUGUUUAGUAAUUUAUAUUAAAUUUAGUGCUGUAGAGAUUAAAUUUCAAAAGAAAAUUAAUAUGCUAAAUGUUUGAUAAAGAUCUGUUUAUUUAAGAACUAGAGAGAGAGAGGUAUGUUAGUCGGAAUCUUAUCCAGAGAAACAAUUAGUUUUUGUAGGAAUUUAUCCGUUAAUAUUGGAACGGGCUAAUGUAUUUAUAGUAAUUUUAUCCAAUUUUUGUUCCGAGCUUAAAGAAUAAUUCAAUAGUCUGUAGAUAGGAAACUUUCCGGUAAACAAACAAUUUUGUAGAGUGGUGUGUCAAAGGCAAGAACUUGUUUUUAUAAAUCAAAUCACACCAUCUUGAAGAUCAGAAUAGGGCUGUAACCCUGUGAGAGAGUGAAAAAGUUAAAACAAAGCCUCUCUACUACUAGCAGUGUAGUGGAUAAUUUGUAUUGUCAAGAAGGUAGGAUCUACAGAGAAGCUUUGUGUAUUCAAUAUUACCUCUAACAGAUAUUGAUAAUUCACUAAUUGUGAGAAAUUAUUACAUAUAUCAAUACAUAGAUUGAGUGAUAUAUAUACUGAAACUAUGAAUUGACUAGCUAAUGAAAGGCAUUCUUAGUUUACAUUACUUCAAAUUUUUUAUUUAACUUACUCCAAACAUUAAUAUGUUUAUGUUUAAAUGAUUAUUUUUAGUCAUUGCAGUGGCCAACAGUCUAGUCAUCAAUUUCAUUCACAAGUGAUUAUCGUCUGCCUUAACUCCUAUUAGAAAUUGAGAAAGAUAACGAAGGUAGGGUUACAAAAACACUGGUUUAAUUUCCCUAGUGUAUUACGUAAAAUGCCUGGCGGUCAUUAUAACUUCCCGUACAAGAUAAUGUCUUUGUAAUAUCGGUCCAAAUUUAGCCAGUUGCUUCUAUAUUCCAAUCUCUUGGUCGGCAUUUGUUUCGCCUCUCUUCUUCGUGGUCACGCCGAUUAAAACUUACCCAAAACGAUACAGUGCAAGGUUUCAGAAUCUGUAAUAGCAGCAGGUAUGAGAAUAUUUACCCUAUUUUUGUGCUGCUUCCUUAAUCAAUGGAUCCUGUGUGGCACAAUGGAUUUAAAGUUUCAGAAUUUGUUCAGCCUUGUUCUGUUGGCAAAGCAAAAUGAUUAAAUUUUAUGAAUUAAAAUAGUAUAUUUGCACUUUAGGUAGGCAAUUCUUCUACACAUCUCUACUCAAACUUAAUUUGAAACUUAGCCACAUUAAAAAAGAAAGAAAAAAAAUAGUAUUUGUUUAUAAUUUAGCAAAAAUUCAUAAAGAUAGUAGCUAGAGAAUGUUUGCCUUCUCACAACUAAUGAGUCACUUAAAAUGUUGAUGUAUAACACUCCAAAGUAUCACGUGAAUUCUGACUGUUGAAAAUUAUUUCUUAAAUUUAUACUGUUUUCUGGUCUAGAACCUUGAAUCUAGUGGAUCAAUUGCUAUACUUUAUGAGCAUUUAAAUGUAUAUAAACUGUGUUAACACUUUUCCAGAAGGUCUCUUGUGUUGUGUAACUAAACAAUUUGUAUUGUAUUAUGCGACGUGUGAACGAGUUUGGCAUAGAGGAUAUCGAUUAGAUCUUGUGGUAUUUUGGCUAUCCAAUAUCAAACACAAAUACUAUGCAUGAUUCUUAUGUAUCAUAUUGCGUGAACUCGUCGUUUAAGAGUUAAGAGAUCGUUGAACUUCGUAGAUUUUCGUAGAUUUGAAGAGAGUCGCCAUUAAAACUAAUUUUUUAAUAAAAAAUAUCAGUUAAUUUGACUUAAAAAAAUCCGAUUAGAUUUAAUUACGGGUGGCACAAAAGUCGGUAAAUAUGAUUAUAACGACACCGAAGUCUGGGUGGUUAAUCGACUUUCGGGCCACCCCGUGUAUUGUUAAGCUUCCCUUCAUUCGGAGGAGUCUCACCUCGCAUCAGAUUAGAGGAAAGUAUCGAAAAAUUCGGUACGAAAAACACAUUUAUGCAAAGCAGAAUUUCGUAUUGUGUGCAGUAUCGAGAAAUACGAAGAUUCCUCCUUCCCCCUCGUUCUAUUUACUUUAAAGUGUUCUAUUUUAGACUAGUGAUGAGUAUCGUGAGUGUUAAAAGAAGAAAAAAAUAUAGAAGUCUGUUAGGUAAAUCUCGAGAAAUUUACUAACAAUUAAGUGGAAAAACAGGAAAAAAAAAUUAAACGCAUUUAUGUAGUAGAGUAGAUGAAAAUAAAUUAGAAACUUUUUCAAAAAUUAUCAUCACGUUAAGAGUUGGUUGUGCGAAAUAUGUUAUAUAUAUAUACACACACAAAUAUAUAUAACCUGUAAAAAAAAUACUUCUGUAAACGUACUCGAGAACCAGACAAACAAACAGACGCUUGUUUUUUAAUAUCUAAGAUUUUUCAUAUUUUGUGUACUGUGAAUUUAACAUUCUACUAGAAAUUUAUUGAUUUAAGUGUUUUAAAUACUUUUUUGAUAUUUAUAAAAAAAAAACAAAGAAUAAAUUUUACAAUUAUAUAUAUAUGUAUUAUAUAUAUAAAUAUAAAAGAAAAAUUUAUUCUUUAAUAAAUAGUUCUUCGAUACUGCAAUUGUUUCAACCGUACGCAGUUCUUUCCACGAAUUGUGUGUUUACCAAAACAUUGUUUUCGUUAAACAUAAAUUGGAUUCUUAGAAACCAGAGAAAAAAAAUCCCAAAUUUCAGCAGGAGCAAUCACGAAAUAAAUUGUAAUCUACACUCCGAUCGAUGAGUCAUUCACACAGAUGUGUUCCAAAAGAAAGAAAAAAAACACCGUGUACGGUGGAAACAAAUUGCAGUUAUUGGAAAUUCGAGCUAAACUAGUCUCCACAGCAUUCCAUUAUUCAGAAUGUGUGACAUAUACGCGAUACAUUAAUUAUAUAAUUAUUGAAUUGUUACGGUGUGCCUUCUCUAUUACGAGCAUUUUUUAGUGUUGUAGAUACGUGUUGAACAGUUGUGCGUUGAAGUUAAAACUCGCUAUUACUCGUGUGUGUGUGUGUGUAUGUUCUUUUGAACGAUCAUUCUUACUUUCUUACUUUAAAAAAAAAAAA